GAUUUUGACUACAUUGCUACCUUGUAAAGGGUAAUAGGUCUGAAGUCCUUAGGUGUAUCUGGCUUCUUCUUUUUAGGUAUCAUGGUCAAUAAAGUGUGGUUUAGACUCGGGGUAACCUGUCUUGUGAUUAGGAUUCUAUGUAGAUCCAAACAGACAGCAUCUCCUACCACUACCGAGUUCUUUUGGAAGAACAAGGCAUGCAUACCAUCCGAAGCCUUAGUUGGUGCCAUCAUUUUUAAUGCAUCUCAUAUCUCCUCUCUAGUGAAAGGUGCCUAUAAGUUUUGAUUCAUCAUUUCAUCUAAGGGGUAAUCUUCGGUUUUAAUGCUUCCAACGCCUCCCUCAAACUUGAAAUCUGGCCAGCUUGAUAUAAGGUUUGGAGGUAUUGAGUAAAACAACCCAUUACCCCUUCUUGUCCCUUACAAUCUGUGCCAUCCACUGCAUGUUAUUCUGACCACUCAGCCUUCUAAUUAAAUCCAUGUCUGUGGGUUGUUCUUUUGUUUUGGCCAGCCAUAUAUGCCAGUUAACAGCCACUUAUUUUCUUCCGAACCCUUAGUGAUCCAAGCAUCUAUGUAGUUGCGUGCUAGGACUUUAAUUGUGACCUGCAUCUCCUCUUUCCAUAGAAGUAGGAGGCCUCACGCUCGAUCUGGUGAUCCCACUCCUUUUCCUUUGGUCCAUUCUCAGGAACCGCCACACCGCCAGCCAAUUUUUUUGUUGUUACCACCUCCACUACCUUUUCACAACUUGUUGUUCCCCUUGUCUCCCAGCACUUGUCGCCUCAGUCUGCCUAGUGGGCUGUUGGUUCUUUUGCUGUUGUGUGAAAUUGAGGGUUCGAGAUUUUUUUGAAAUCUCAUCUCUGUCUGCCUCCUUGGCUACUAUUUUCUUUAAGUCAUCCACUGGCCUCUUUUGUGGAGUGACCUGUGCCCCUGUCUUCACUCUCUAGGUACUUUGAUCCUGUGGUCUCCACAAUCGCCCUGUGUUUCUUUUUAUUAGCUGUCCUCCUAUACUUCCCAUAGCAACACUCUGGAGAGCCCCUUCCUGCAGAUUGAUUCCCAUUUUCAUGGUUUUGUGUUGGUCUUGCUGCUCCCCCAGUAAAUGCCCUUUUCUAGUGUUUGAUCCCCUUCCAAUCCAUACUCUGCUUCUUGGGUGUGCUUAGUUGUUGGAUCUCCUGAACAGUUUCAUUAUUUUCUUCUUGAACCGCCUUCCCUGGUUCUCUUUCUUGAGGUAAAGUCAUAUCGUAAUUUGAAUUUGAACCUGUGCUUUCCAUUUCAAACUUCUGCCUGAUUUUUGUCCAAAUUUCAGCAUCCUCCUUUUUUGCUGCCCUUGAAAGCCAGUUCCCAGUAUAGGUGUCAAAACAGAACCCAACCCGACUAACCCACCCGAUCAACCCUACCCGCAACCCGCUCGCAACCCGAAUUGAAUAAAAUUCAACAACACGUAACGCGCUCGACCCGCAACCCGGUUGCCCCGCGACUCGAUUAAUCCGCAACUCGAUAACCCGAUUGACCGCAACCGGAUUAAACCAGCAAUCUGAUUGACCCAAACUCGACUAACCCGUGACCUGACCGACUUAACCCAUCUCCACCCAAUCCACUUGAAAAAUUAUUAUACUAUAUAAUACAUAGUUUUUCAAAAUGAAGUUUUGCAUUCUAAACUUAGUUAAAAUUAUUUUUUCAUUUCGUAUAGGAAAUUUAUAAACAUGAAAUUCACUUCAUAACUAAAUUAACCAUUACUUACAACACUAAUUUAUUUUCAAAAAAUCCACUUAAUUCGUCUACUUGUUUUAUAUGCUUCUACAUUUGUCGUAACUUCAACACUACAUGAUUGUUAUUUUACAACAUUGUUUAAAACUUUGACACAUUUAACUUGUGUUCGAGUUGAAUUUUUAUUUCAAAAUGAGAUUUAAAUUUGGUAUGUUCAUUAAUACUAUUAAUUGCAAUAACUCCAUAAUCUAAAAGAAUACAAAAUUAAUGUUGCACUUUGACAAGUUUUUUUUUUUAACUUUUAUAAAUACUUCUACCAAAAAAUCUUUUAAAAGUACAUAUAUUAAAAUGAGGUAGAAAUAAAUUUUCUAAAAAUGACAAAAAAAUGUUUAAACUAAAGCUUAUAAUCUAAAUUUAUUUGAAAUGAUGUAUUUUAAUAAAAUUACAAAAGUUUAAACCUGAAGUUCACUUGAAUAUUAAGUACUUUAACAAAGUUAAAAUAAUAAGUACGAAUUAUAUAAUUAGCAUAAUGUAAAUUUGUCAAUACUAAAUAACGAAUAAUGAAUAUACAUAUAUAACCAAAUUUUACAGAAAAUUAUUAUUGAAUUCCUGUGCAAUUAUUGUCAUUUUUUAGUUUGUAAAUAGCUCACUAAUUUCAAGCUUUUUCAUGGCUUUAAUUGGCCAUGUUAAAUUGUUGGCGCCUAUCUAAUUUCGGAAGGAAAAGAUGGCGCUCUCCAAAAUUGUUGGCCAUGUUAUAUUGGUGGGAAACGAAAAGUUGGCGGUGUCCAAAAUUGUUGGCACCGCUACGUCACAAAAAUUAGGCGGAAACGAAAAGUUAACAUUUGCUCAAAUUGACAUGACCUUCAAAUUCUACAAACUCUUAUAAAUCAUAGAUUUAAGGACUUUGAAGUUUUUAAUCGAGAUUUUUAUGGAUUUUAAGGUUUAAAGAUUUAGCAGUAUAAUUAUGAUAGAAACCCAUAGAAUCAAAACGAGUUAUCUUAAAUAAUUCCUACCCGUAUUAUUUUCAAAUAACUCAUUUAAUCACUGUACAUUAAUCCAAUUUCUAUUGGAAUAACACCAAAAUACAAGAUAAACAAUUAAUAAUUAUUUGAUUUUACAAAUAACACAUUGACAAUUAAUCUAUUCAAACAACAUUUACUAACUUAAUUAUUGGUUUAGGAUUCAAUGGUCAUGGUUUAUAAUAUAGGGUCAGGGUUCAUGGUUUAGGGUAUAGGCUAAUAGAAGAAUACUGAGGGAGCACUAAAAAAAAAUUGUUUUCUAUUCACACGAACUUAUUCACAUGAACUUUUCCCCUAUUUAGCGCGAUUAUCAUCUUCCAUAAGCUGCUGUUCAUGACAUUAGGAAAAUGUGUUUUUCUUCUUUACUUUUAGAGUGGUGUUUUGUUUUCUGAAUGUCUGGUUUGUUAAUAGUGUCUAUUGGUUGAAAAUGUUGAUAUCACCAUUAUUAUUAGCUAUUGUACUUUACCAAUUACGAUUAAUUAGAUGACAAGUUUGCAAGUCAUACAAAUUGAUUCAACAUGUUGACUAUUUUUUUUAAAUGCAAGUAUAUAUACGAGGUUGAAAGAAAUUGGUUAAAAAUUAUAGAAGAAUAUUUUAAAUUAUUGUAAUAAAAUGUAUAAGUUGGUAUCAAGUUACGAGUAAGUAACUCGAUAUGAUAACCCGAAAAACCCGCAAUACGAUCCGCCCGCAACCAGCCCAGACCGCAACCCGAUGAACCCAAAACUCGAUUAACCCGCAACCUGAUUGAACCCAAUCCGAACCCGAUCGAUUGACACCUAUAGUUACCAGGUCCUGGACCAUUGGUUCUCGGUUCCAUUCCGUACUAGUCUUGUUGACUCACUUCUACUGUCACUCCAGGAAUUGGCCAAGUGAAACCACUUCCUAAAGCGUAGUAUAGCGGGCUAGGUUUAUCUAGCAAUGAAACUGGAAUGCAAGUCUAAACUAUCAAACUAACAAAGCAAGUAAAUUGUUGUAUUCAUGUUAAGAGAGGUCACCCGGAUAUGGUUCCCCCUAGACUGCAGUUAAGCCAGAUUGUAAUUACCAAGUUCAGUUUCUAUGACAGUUAUACUGCGGAAGGUUCUUAAACAGCCUGAAGUCUCGACUAAAGGUCUUCAGACCCUCUCAAUCUGAGUCUCUAGCGGGCGACUAACCUCCACCGGAGUAAACAGAUUGAGGCCCUAAGAACAAAACCUCCACUACCGAAGUGAAUCCGGUACAGAAUAGUGAGUUGGCUCCUCGACUAAAGUCACCAACUCCCUACCUUCAAUCAAGGAUGCUCUAUCAACCUAGGCAGAUAUUCUCAUUCUAGGUUAAAGCAGAAACAACAGGAAUUUGAUCAGGAUUCAAGUCAUUCAAUCAUUCAAACCUCAAUCGAAUAUAAUCAAAUCAUAGAAUCAGUACUUGGGUUCAUACAAUCAAAGCCUAACAUACAAAUCUAGGGUUCUCCAUACCCAGAUGAAUGGGAGAAUUACUCCAUGGAGAAAGAAGCAAAAGCAGAAUCAGACGCGGAAUUCAUACUGUGGAGGAUGGAUUCCUGCUCCUGGAUGUUGAUCGGCACUUCGCCAAGCUCAAACUGACCUCCAAUGGUGAUGAAGAUCAAGCUAGGGCGCUUGGAGACUCUUGUUCGUCGCUUUCUCUCUCUAGGAAUCGUUCUCUCUCUCAAAAACUCGAACCCCCCCGAAUUGUGGCUGAAAUUCUGCUUAAAAGGAGAAAAUCCCGACUCACACGGCCAGGGUGGCACGGCCGUGCAGCUCACCCAGUUGCCCGUGUGAGUCAAAACGCAGCGUAUCAUUUAGUCGAAUUUCAGGCUCUUUGCACGGCCAGAAUGGCACGGCCGUGUGAACUUCCCUUCCUGCCCGUGUUUGCUCUCGCAGAAUGUGGCACGGCCAACCCGGUCACUUGCACGGCCAUGUGGGUCUUCUGCUCUGCCCGUGUCUGCUCUCGCAGAAUCCCACACGGCCAAACCACUCCUUCACACGGCCGUGUUUACAUCAGGGCAGCCCGUGUGACCUCCUUUGUGACUUGUCUCGCGCCCGAUCUUCACCCAAUCGACCCCGAACUCGCUCCUAAACCUUCAUUCACUUUCCAGGACCUGAAAUAUCACAAACGAGCACAACCUAGCGUGAAAUCGGUCUAAAACACGAGAAACCACAUCUCCAACGGUGUAAGAACAGGGGUGAAAACAUGUGUAACUAACGGUCUAUCAAACUCCCCCACAUUUAACCGUUUGCUUGUCCUCAAGCAAACCAAGUCAGACACAAGGUAUGCUCAAAACAACAAGGCAUGACAUAUCGGCACAAAACACAUGGAUCAUACUGGCUUUCGAUCAAUAACACAUGGACAACUUCAAUGACAACCUAGACAACCACGACUGAUGACAUUCGAAUGCAGCAAAAAUCGAGCAAAGGAAGAGUUUCCCUUCUGUUCACCAACCAACAUAGACUUAACUCAACCACUUGUUCAAAACAGUCACAUCAUGCACAAAAUUCAAGGUAUCAGAAGUAAGACCGAGCAAUUAAGGUCCUCACCGGGAUAGAGAGUAUAAAGAAUAAGAGAAAAU